CUCACGCCUGAUAAAAAAAAUGUUAUUGGACGGCGGUGACAGAAAAGCAACAUUGGGGGGACCGUACAGUAGGAAACAGCAAGGAAGAAACCAGAAAACCGGCCAUACACCUGGAUAGGAGGAUCCAAUUUGUCUGAGACCAAUCGGCCAAAGACGGCGGUGUUUGACCAGGGAAGAGCAGGCGGAGGAACGCAAGGCAUGCGUUUAAUUGUUCAGAACGUAUUUAGUUAUUCAUGCCCGGACGAUAACUAGCAUUCAAUUAUUCACAGCACGGCACACCCGAUUCUGUCCACAAAGCGUGUACAAUUCCAAUUCUUCAGCUCCUGUUGUGCAAUCUUAAUUGGUCUUUUAUUGUUUUAAAAUUUGAAGAGUAGGGUACAAAUUUAGAUGACCUUUAUCUAAAAUUAGCUGAUGCCCAGUUGGAAUUAGAUGACUUUCCUGUUUCAAAAAUUUUAAAAUUUCAUUCAACAUUGGUAGAGUCAGUACAAGACAACAGCCACCGUCAGAAUUUUGGGAUAUCUGGUGGUUCCGUCUGAUUAUUUGGAUUGUGCUUGUUAUAUAUGAUAGUACCUGCCUCCGGUUUUGUGGAAGUGAUAGGUAAUUUGUUGCAGAAUUGGACUGUCUUUUGCCACAGGAUGGUUGCCAUGGAUUCCAUGACCCAUUUCUGGUCCAUACUGGGGAUUAUAGCGCUUCUCAACAAUUUGGUCAUCACCCCACUUUUCGCUGCUGUGAAACAGUUGUGGGAGUUAGUUCAGGGAAGGUGGAAGUGUUAUACGUUUUUGAGGAUUCCUGAGUAUUAUGGCUCUGAUAGGGUUCAGGAGAAUGGGUUGUAUAAUAAGGUUAAGAUAUAUGUGGGUACCUUAGGAGGUACGGUGGAUACCCAGUAUGCUAAUUUGUAUACUGGUAAGAAUUCUAAUGAUAUAUCUGUGGCUUUGGAUCCAGGGGAGAGUGUUGAGGACAGCUUCCUGGGGGCCAAAGUGUGGUGGACUCAGGAAGUAAUUGUGAAGAAUGAGGGGGUUGAUUCAGUCAAGAGUUUUAUAUUGAAAAUUCACAGGAGGGACAAGAUGGGGGUCCUUAAGCCUUACCUUGAGCAUGUUCAGGCAGUUGCAGACGACAUUGAACAGAGGAAGAAGGAGCUGAAGUUGUAUACUAAUGGUGAGAAAUUCAAUAGAGAUAAGUGGACCAGUGUGCCUUUUAGGCACCCGGCAACCUUUGAAACCAUUGCUUUUGACAUUGAACUUAAGAACAAGAUUAAGAUGGACCUUGAUGCCUUUGUUAGGGGAAAGCAAUAUUAUCACAGGUUAGGGAAGGCCUGGAAAAGAGGGUAUUUGCUUUAUGGGCCUCCCGGGACAGGAAAAUCCAGUAUGAUUGCAGCCAUGGCUAAUUUCUUGCGUUAUGAUAUCUAUGAUUUUGAACUCACCAAGGUGAAUGAUAAUUCAGAGUUGAGAAUGCUUUUGAUGCAGACGAGAAAUAAGUCUAUCCUUGUAAUUGAGGAUAUUGAUUGUUCCGUGGAUUUGUUGAAGAGGGAUGGAGGUGAUGAUGAUGACAGGCAGAAGAAGAAGGACAAGGAGGAUGACAGUGAUCAGGAAAACAAGGUGACUUUGUCUGGGAUGCUGAAUUUUAUGGAUGGACUCUGGUCAUGCUGCGGUGAGGAAAGAAUUAUUGUUUUUACUACAAAUAAUAAAGAUAGGUUGGAUCCGGCCCUUCUGAGGCCUGGGAGAAUGGACAUGCAUAUUUAUUUUCCAUAUUGUUCAUUUUCUUCAUUCAAAAUAUUGGCCAAUAACUACCUGGGUGUGAAAGAUCAUAAGCUGUUUCCCAAUGUUGAGGAGGCAUUUCAGGCUGGGGUUUCUAUCACACCGGCCGAGGUUGGAGAAAUUCUCUUGGUGAAUAAAAAUUCUCCUAGCCGGGCACUGAAGGUCCUGAUCAGUGCUUUGCAAUCCGCUAGUCCGGAGCGGCCAGUAGAAAAUGGGUAUCACCGGGAAAGUGAUAGAAGAUCUCUGCAUGAAAUAAUUCCCAGGAAGGGAGGCAAGGGCACGCCAUCUGAUGAAUUAGUGUUAAAGGGCAGGUUUGAACAAUCACAGGAAGACAGGGGAUUAUCUUUUAGUCCAAACCACUCUUUCGUCGACUUGAAGAAAUUGCAUCAUUUGUUCAAGAGGAGUAAAAGUCGAAACAUGAGUGGUGAUAUGAGUCCAGUCAUUAAAGAGCAGUGAGGUUCCAUCUUAGGGUACAUUACGAUUGAAUUUGAACAUUUCUUCAAUAGAAUAUAUUGUGACCAAAGUGGCUUACAUGUAAAGUUAAACUUCAAGAUUAAGGUUCUAUUGGAAAAAAAAAUAUGGUGUUACAGAAGACAGGAUUGAAGGGAUGCUGGAUGGCACAUUCUUUAAAGGAUUUUGGCUGGAUUGAAUUCCAAGUUCACAGUGUUGUUUCUCAAGGAUUUCCCAAUAAAUUGGGUUAUGUCUGAAGACUCCAGGCAUCUCUGCCAUUCCUAAUAUUCUUUGUCAUUGCUUCCUUGGGCAUUUGCUUAUAUAAUAAAAAUAAAGAUUUGAGGUAUUCUCUGAUUUUA